GCAGAUUAAAGAUACAGAAUGCUACUUUCACAUUAGUGAGAGUGCAAUAGAUUUGUAUCUCCAGAACAUUGGAUCAGCCCACUUUUCAUGGAAGUUGGGAUGCAGAGAAGGCCCUUUUCCACAGAAGACCAUUUGACAGAAAUCUGCCCCCUUUAGGAGGAGAGGUGUAGGACUAUAGUCCUGACCAUCAGCCACCUCCUGUGUGCACAAAGCCUACAGCGGCGUCUAGGAAAGCAGCAGUAAGAAGCAGCAGCAGCAGCAGCAGAGGGAGGAUGGCCUGCGCAUUCGGCUGAUAAGAGGGGGAACAAGGUCGGGCCAUGGAGAAACUAAAAGGUCCCACCGUGGGAUGCACCAAAGCCACCUGUGGAUGGAGAGCCCUGCUUCUCCCGCAGCUGAACAGGCAGUCCCUGUACGUGUACGGCAGUGAGAUGGCCGUGGAGAAGGAGUGCGUGCGACAGCUGCAGAGCGGAGUCUUUGUCAUCCACCCGUUCAGCCUCAUGAGAAGUUACUACAUCAUGUGCAUGAUGGCCAUCACAUUUCUGAACCUGAUUGGGAUUCCCAUGGAGAUAGCGUUUCUGGAUGGGAACAGCGGACUGGCAUGGGAAGGAUUUAACGUGUUUUCAGACACGCUGUUCUUGAUAGAUGUGGCUCUGAAUUUCCGAAUGGGCAUCAUUACAGAGGACGGCGAGGAAGCUAUUCUGGAUAUCAAGCGGAUCCGAGUCAGUUACCUGAGGACAUGGUUCAUUCCGGACGUUAUAGCUGCUUUCCCAAUCGGCUACAUACUGCUGUUUGCGGACUUACAAUACCACAGCGAUGACAACCCCUCCAAGACCAACAAGAUGAUGAGGAUACUGAUGUUUGUGCGGAUCCUCAGCUUGAUCAGGCUGGCUCGAGUGUCCAGACUGGUUAGGUUCUUCAACGAAGUGGAGAAAGUGUCAAAUGCAAACUUGGAGGUGGUCCGCCUGUUCUUCCGCAUCUUGUCUCUGUUCAUGAUGAUUUUCCUGCUGUGUCACUGGAAUGGCUGCAUCCAGUACUUUGUCCCCAUGCUGGAGGAGUUUCCCACUGACUGCUGGGUCCGGAAAGAAAACCUGAUGAAUGCCACAGUGAUUGUGAAGUACUCCUGGGGAGUUUUCCGAGCUCUCUCCCAGAUGAUUGCUCUCUCCUAUGGCUCCAUGGAUGCACCAACAAAUUAUGUUGAAAUGUGGAUCGUCAUGGUCAGCAUGGUGUCCGGGUGUCUGAUGUACACUGUCCUCGUGGCCAACGCUACAACCAUGAUUGCCAACAUUGACCCAGCAGCCAAAGAGUACAAGAGCAAGAUGAGCCGUUUGGAGCACUACAUAACCUUCAUGAAGCUCCCACCAGAGCUGCAGCUUCGUAUCAACAACUACUACCAGGCUCGCUACGGAGGGAAGUGGUUUCAGGAGAAGGACGUCAUGGACACCGUGUCCUCAGCGCUCAAAGAGCAAAUCCUGAUGGUGAUGUGCAGCCGACUGCUAAGAAACGUACCAUUGUUUCAGAACAGAGACGAAAACUUUAUCAACGCCGUCCUCCUCAAACUGGAGUACGAGGUUUUCCUGGAGGGAGACGCCAUCAUUCGACAGAACGUCCCGGGUAACCGCAUGUUCUUCAUUGACCACGGCCAGGUCCUCAUGGAGACUGAUUCCUACGAGAGGGAACUGUGUGAUGGAGACUAUUUUGGCGAGACAUGCAUGCUGACCAAAGGCAAACAUCUGGCCACAGUGAAGGCACUGACCGACUGCCAGUGCUUCUCUCUGUCCUGGGACGACUUUCACGAGACGCUGGAGGGCUUCCCAGAUGUCAAGAAGGACUUAGCAAAAAUGGUUCAGCUCAACAAUGAUGUUGGACUUGUGUAAGACCACGUACUCGGACCUUUGUACUGUAUGAGAAGGACAGGAGAUAUGGAUCUUUCCAGGACAUUUUAUGUGUUUAUAUGAUGGACAGUAAGACUAUGACUGAUUCCUCAUGUGGACGGGUUGGACACUCAUUCAUGGAUGAGAUGGACCGUUUUAGAGCAUUGACUAUUUUCAUUCUGAUGGGGAAUUAUUCUGUCUUCUGAUCCAUCAGUUAUCAGCAAUAAACAAAGACAUUAACAGUAAAUACGGGUCAAACAGUUGAUCUCUGCUUCUUUGUUGAUAUUGUGAUUUAGCAUUGCUGUUUGGAAUGUCAAUGCAUACCUCAGUGACAAAACAAGAGAGCCAUAAAGAGAAAUUCUGGUUUCAUACAACUUGGGCUUCAUUUUUGUUGUUCUGGCCAUCAUUCCUAUCAAUAAAAACAACCAGUUAAUUGCUGAGGUCUGUGAACACGGCAACAACAAACCUCACUAAGCAAAAUUAAUUGAAAAGGCAAACUUUAAAAGGAUUACCUAACAAGAAGGGCACUCUGAGACCUCUGCCAAAGUGCUCUGUCCUCCUCCCUGUGCUGCUGUUGUGGUUCACUGCCUGCAGGUAACAACAACAACAACAACAACUGCAGACAAAGCAGGUGGAAAUAUUGUUUUUGGUCAAACUGAGUAAAAAAGGUACUUCACUCCACCUGAAUCACUGUCUCCACCACAGUCUCUUUCUGCGUUCUACUGCUGAGCCCCACCCUCAGUCAAACAGAGGAGAGGACAGAGAAGCUAGCGCGACCAGUAUAUUUUUUAUGGAUCUGCAUUUGUUUCUAAGGUGAUGUUUGAGGCGGCUUCUAUGUUUUUUUUGUAUGUUUAGUUGUGGGACACCAUUUACUUCAAAAACAAGAGAGAAAUAAUUUCAUUUUGCUAUAAGAAAGUGGAAAAUAAUUAGUGUACCUGCAGCGUGAUUCGGAUCUGUUCCAAAAUUGAAUGGGUUCUUCCUUGGUCUAUGCUCCCACCAGGUUUCAUAAAAAUCCGGCCAGGAGUUUUUCCCUAAUCCUCCCGACAGAAAAACCCACAAACCGCACUGAAAACAUAACCGCCUUUUCCUGUUGUUAUUAUGGCCACUCAUCUAUCACAGUUUAGAACAACCUCUUUAACUUGAUCUACGGUACGGUCACCCUGUUCCGAGAUCUCAGCAAUUACUUUGAGUCCCAUGCUAGCGGCUCUGUGAGGCUGUAUUUAGGCACAGUGGUGCUUUGAGCUAAAGGCUAAUAUCAGCAUGCUAACAUGCUCACAACAUGUUGAUGUUUCAGCAGGUAUAACCAUGUUCCCCAUCUCAGUUUAGCGUGUUAGCAUGCUAGCUGAGGCUGAUGGGAAUGUCACGUUUUGCAGUUAUUUAUUCACCUCGUAAUGGCGCUAGAUAAAAAGUCAGGCAUCACCAAAGUCAUGAAUUCAUCCUCUGGGGACUGUGAAUGCGAUUCAGCUAAUAUUUGUUGACAUAUUCAUCCUGGACCAAAGUUAGGCCGACUGUCUGACAUUGCCUUCCCUGCAGCUGUUUCUCUAAGGAUGGCUUAGAUAAGACCCAAGUUGUAGUAAACUGGAAUUUCACUUUAAAGCAAGGUAAGAAAAAAACAACUCAUGUACGUCAUUUUUCUUUUUCUCUAAAAUGACAUUUAUUUGGAAGUAGUAUUACAUAAGACAUGUUGAUGCCACUGUGAAAGCAACAAAAAUAAAGCCGAUACUGUAAUAUGAUUAUGAAACAGCUGUGUGAGAACAGAAGGUUGUUUCCUCUCCCUUUCAUCCAAACACGCACACGGUGCCCGAGGCCAGCCGGUGUUUGUACUCGUAGAGGUAGAAGGAGGCAGGAGGGAAGUUGCACUUCAUCUCCAUCCUGCCCGGCACCACGUGGACAGCCACACCAGAUCCCAGCCCCUCUUGUAGCUUCUUCAGCAUGCGGGAGGCCAGGUAACGCCGCGCUCUGCCUGGGUCUUCUUCGAUGGAAGCAUAUACAUCAGGUGGCGGGUUGGGGAUCUUCCACUCCAGGUCCACGAUGAGCUGGUGGAUGCGGCUCUUGUCCAGCGAAGUGGGUGUGUCACGGUAGCACGCCACCACAUGGGGAAUUGGUGCUUCAGACACCACAGAGAGGAAAUUGUUGGGCUGCUGUUCUGCCGGAACGUCUCCCUUUUCCUCUUGCGUCUCCUCAUCCUUCUCAUCCUCCAUGGGUCCUACGGCAGGGUGGAGCAUCACUGCCCAGCGAAGCCAAUCGUAGUUCUUCUCCAGGGCCUUCAGGAUGCUCGCUGCCGCCUCCUCAGGGGGUGCACGGUUCUGCACGGCCUCCUGGAGCUGCUGUCGUACAUCCUCCUCCGCCUGCUCCAGAAAGUAGCUUAAGCAACGGCCUCCUGAGUUCUUCAUCUUCCUGUAGAGGGCGCCCAUGCGGUCAGACCAGGUCUUCAUCAGCAGAGCCUGGUCUCUGCCUGUCAGAGAAGCCUGCGUGAAGAGGCACAGCAGACCGGUGCCAAGGACAAAGUUUACCUGUUGAGAGGAAGAGGAGGAAGAGGAAAAAGCUUUCAACUGUGGUCAAAAAUAGUUUAGAACAUGUGUUUAACCCUGCGGGAGUACCAGAUGGGUUGUUUUACCACAUGAAUGCUGUUCAAAUAGUGUUGGUUAAAAUUAAAGCUGGGCUUUGCAACUUUUCCAACUGUUUGCCCUGAAGAAGUGAUUUCUUUGAAAUAAAUGUAAAAGUAUUCAGAAAUUUUGACCGAGUAGUCACAGCAUUUAGGAGCCUCGGGAACUAAAAGUCCCGUUAUUAUAUAGCCUUAUUAUAUAGCCAUUUGCAGUUUGACCACAUUGGAAGAACCACAUAAAUUGUACAAGAAAGUGAUCUUAAUAAUUUGUGUAGCAAGACUUUAAAACUUUGAAUUGCUAUUGAUUCCUGUGUACAAAGAAGCGAGUGUUUUUGUCAAGUUAUUGUUCUGCUUUUGU